UAUCAGGAAUGAGGAAUUCUUAGAACCAUUCAUGUCCCUGCUGUUGGUCCUUUCACACAUGGACUACAAAUUGGAUAUGGAGAAUUGCAGUUUUCUGGAUGAGAGCUGGCUCCUACCUGUGUCUGAAAUAUAUGAGGUUGUUCCAUGUCGAGAGCUUGGGCUGGUCUUAAGGUACCUGCACGGGCGCGUGUUUGUGCUGGAGCUGAGCCCGGGCAGUCAGGCCUAUGUGGACAAAUUCAUCUGUCCAGGAGACAUCAUCGACGAGAUCAACGGCACGUCACUGAGGAACUCCAAGAACGGACAGGCCGGUGUGGUGCUGUCUCGUUUGAAAGGCGUCCCUCUGUCCAUCCGGGUGGUGCGCUGGCAGCAGGAGGACGGGACAGUGUACCGACCUCUCAUUAAACUCCUGAGGGCUCUGAGGACAGACAACCCUGGUCUACAGCUCACCCCGGCCCCCUCACACCUCUCAGCCCACAGCAAGGAGCAGAGAGCCUCCUCAUCAUCAUCACAAUGCUUCAAAGAUGGAAGGAUUGUUUACAUUGUGCAGUACCUGGGCAAAGCUAACAUAGGAAUGUUCGGAGGCAAAGAGGUGUUGCAGCACGCUAUUCCGCAGGUUUUACACAAGAACCUGCCGAGCAAGGAAGUGCUACUGGAUCUGAAGGAAACGCAUUUGACAUGUACAGACAAAAACACUAAAACAGAGGAGUUUGAGCAUCACUAUCCAGAGAUUUCCUGUGUGGGGAGAUACAGCAAACCAGAUUACACGACUUUUGCCUUCUGUGUGGCAGACUCCCCAGAAACCCCUCACUCCACUGGGUUCUGCUGCGUGGUGCUCAAGGCAAGCUCCAUCAAAGAGUGUGAAGACAUAGUCUGCCGUAUAGCUACUGGCUUUAAGCACACUGAAUGGUUUGUAUAA